AAGAAAACAACAUCUUUCCAAAGCUUCUCUUCGCUUUCACUCUCGAAGUAAAAAGCAAGAAUAUUUUGGUCUGACUUUUUCUGUAAAACACCAUAUCUCCAGAUCUUAGGUUAAUGGAGGUGGUUUUGGAUCAAAACGACGCUGCUCAAUGGACUUACAGAGGCGAAGGCGCCAUUAAUCUUGUCCUUGCUUACUCCGGAUCAUCUCCUGCCUUUAUUGGCAAAGUUUUGCGGAUUCAGAAGGUUGCGAGGAACAAAUCGAAGCCUGACAAGAGCCUCACAGCUUUAGCCCUGCACGAGCGCCUUGUGUGGAAGGAGAUAGAAGACAUUGUGUCCGCACCUACCAGAGAACUUGCCGGCCACAAGUUUCUGGAGCACGUAAUAAGCCCUUUACUGGGUUCCAAAUAUGUAGAUGUUGGGAAGCGCGUUAUGGUUUCAAGGGAAUUUCUUGAGUCGGUUGAGAAAAAUGUAUUGUCUCAGCGUCCUGCUUGGAGAGUUGAUGCUGCCAAAGUUGAUACACGUUGUGAUUCCGUGCUUCUACUAUCUGAUCAUUCUAUUUUUCCAAGUGGCAUCCAUGAAGGUGAACACUGCUUAUGUGUAGAGAUAAAGCCCAAAUGUGGAUUCCUCCCAAUCUCAGAAUUUAUAGGUGAAGGGAACUGCAUCAAACGAAGUGUAUCUCGUUAUAAAAUGCACCAGGCCCUCAAGUUGCAUGGAGGAGAGAUUUCCUCAUUUAGUGAAUAUGACCCUAUUGAUUUGUUCUCGGGAGUAAAGGACAGAAUACAUAAAUCUAUCAAUGAUCUCCUCUCAUCCCCUCAAAACAAUUUUCGUGUAUUUUUAGAUGGUUCUCUAAUAUUUGGGACCUUGGGUGGUAUUGCUGACAGUACAAAUUCUGUCAUUCUAGAAGGAUUUGAAGAUGCACUCAAAGAUGUCAUUCUAGGGGAUCAUGGUCUGCGUACAGAGAGUUUUAUACAACUUAUUGCCGAAACAAUUUACACAUCCGGAGUAAUGGAUAGGCUUAUAGAACUUCAAAAGCUUGAGAAUCUUGACAUAGAGGGGGCAAUUCAUGCAUAUUAUAAUAUUAUUUGUGAGCCUUGCAAAGUGUGUAGAGAAUUGGGGGAAGAGAAAGUUCCACACAAGUAUACGACCUUGCAUUCCAUUUCUUUAGACGAAAGCUUGAAGAUAGUAAAGAACUUUUUGAUCGGCACAACAGCCAAGGACUGCAGUUUGAUGAUGAGUUUUAAACCGAGGAAAGGUGUCUCAGAAUCUCCGUAUGACAGUGUGUACCUGAAAUCAACCCGUCAAACUUUUGAUUAUAAGGUAUGUUUCAUUGAUCUGGAUUUGAAACCUUUUGAAAGUAUGCAAGAAUAUUAUGAAAAAGACAAGAAAAUUGUAAGCUGCUACACACGGAUGGUGAAAUCAAAGCAAGAGGUGGAAUAAAAUUAAUAGUUUGGAUGUUUAUGGAAAUGUGAUCCGAGGUUUAAUACAAUGCCAUGGAUCAUAUUACUGAAGAUCUUAAUGGUAAGUGCCAGUCGCUUGAUUAGGCAAUUUUUCCUAUUCAAUGUUGUUGUUGUAAUUGUUACAAGACUUGGAAGGAACUGCAAUUCUGUUACCCGGUUUGUUCCCCUCUUUUUUUAGGGGUUGAUGGGUAGCUGAAUGUCCUUUGUUAAUGUAAAUGUUUAAACUAUUGUCUAGCUACUUUACUCGAGUAAUGAGCCUUGUUUCCCAUUAAUAAAUAAUAAAAAACACCCAUUCCUUGUCUUGCCACUUGAUCAUUCUUUGGGUGGUCUCAAUGGUAAGUUAUUACAUGUC